CCCCCAUGCCCAAUCCCUAUUCAUUCGAAGUUCGAACGUUACCAGUAGACCAUAAACAACUUCACUUCCUCCAAAAAUAUUAGCAAUUUCUCCCCUUCCAAUAUGAAAACUAAUCGAAAGCUCAAGAAAUCAGAUCCAGCGUCAUCCAAGCUGGUUUUGAAAGAGAUUAUCGGAUUAACUACGAAGAACGCCAACGGAUUAGCUGCCGCCGUAUCGACCUCGAGCUUCGUUUACGUUGCCGGUUGCGUUGCGGUCGUUUACGAUGCAGAAUCUGGAACCCAAUUGCAUCUCAUGCUCUCUCAUCGAAUGGCUAAACCUUUGAGCUGCGUUGCCAUGUCGCGUGACGGUCGCUUCAUAGCCGCCGGGGAGUCAGGGCCUCAACCUUCGGUGUUGGUAUGGGACUACGUAACUCGUACGUUCAUAUCUGAGCUGAAAGGUCAUAUAUAUGGAAUUGAGUGCAUUGCUUUUUCACCAGAUGGGAAACAUCUGGUGUCUGUUGGAGGGUACAUUUACCUUUGGGAUUGGCGGAGUGGGAUUUUGGUUACAAAGCUUAAAGCGAGUUCAUCAUGUUCUUCAGUUACGUCUGUCACUUUCUCUUCAGAUGCCAAUUACAUUGUUACUGCUGGAAAGAAGCACCUGAAAUUCUGGGCUGUUGGUGCAUCUCCUAGGACUCGCAUGAAUAAAGGGACAGUGUCACUGUCUAUUCAUGCGAAGCCUAUUAAUCUUGGCCCUCAGAAAGGCAGUUCAUUUAUAUCUGUCUCGUCCGCCAUCUGGACAGAUGGUAGUGUUGUGAACUGUGAUCAGGCUGAUGAGCUCUUUCCUAUAUACGCACUGACUGGUGCAGGAGUUCUAUGCCUAAUAGAUUCUGGGCUGUCAUUAAGAAAUUCGGUUGAUUUAAAGGUUGAAAAAGGAUUUGCACUAUCUGCAUCCAGCAAGUUAAUUGCUUGUGCUUGUAGUAACGGACAAGUACAGCUCUUCAAUGGUGUGGAUCUUGGAUAUGUGGGAAGCCUAUUGUACUCUAAGGCCAAAUCAUGCCAUGGAGAAAUUGAUCUUUUUUGCCCUAAAGCUGGUGAAAAUAAUUUUCAGUUAGCCCCUACUCUUCCUGAUGCAGUUGCUUGUCAGUUCAUCUCAGAAAAGCUUGUUGUGAUCUAUGGAGAUCAUAGUCUCCAUAUAUGGAAUUUCCAUCAAGAGAAUGAGGCUACCAGGUCCUUUGCUCUUAUUUCUCAUUCGGCUUGUAUAUGGGAUAUCAAGAAUCUCUGUUGUGAAAAAAUGCACGAUCCAUCUCUUAUGUGUGCUGCGAAGGGAUGUUCCGGAGGAGUCUCUUUUGCAACCUGUUCAGCUGAUGGCACAGUUAGGUUAUGGGAUCUUGUCUUACAACCUGAUCUAUUAAGGGAUAAUGCUGACAAUAAUUAUUUGAUCACUGAAGCAGAGGGGAUUAUUAAUAUAGCAGUGAGUGCCGGAAGUUUUGAGAUCGCCACUGAGGAUACAGCUUUUGGCAAUCUAGGUUUGCGGUCAAUGGCAAUUAGUUCAGAUGGAAAAUACAUGGCUGUUGGUGAUUGUGAGGGAAACCUCCAUAUCUAUGAUCUUCACAAUUCUGAUUAUACAUGCAUUAAGGAUUCCCAUGAUGCAGAGAUUCUCUCAUUGAGUUUUAGCGUGUCAAGUACAAAGGAUAUAGAUUCUGGAGGAAAUGACAAUCAUUACUUGCUUGCUUCUGGGGGACGGGAUCGAAUAAUCCAUCUCUAUGAUGUUAAAAGGAACUUUGAGGUCAUUGGAAGUAUAGAUGACCACUCAGCUGCUGUGACUUCUGUUAAACUUGUUUGCAAUGGAUGUAAGAUUCUGAGUUGCAGUGCUGAUAGGUCCCUUGUGUUCCGUGAUGUCUGUUUAACUGAUAACAGAUGUAAGGUUUCACGUCGUCACCACCAAAUGGCAUCUAAUGGAACUGUCUAUGAUAUGUCCAUAGACCCAGAGAUGGAGGCUGUUGUCACUGCUGGGCAAGAUAAGAAGAUAAACAUAUUUGACAUGGCUAGUGGAAAGCUUAUUAGAUCAUUCAAGCAAAACAAAGACUUUGGUGAUCCAAUAAAGGUUACAAUGGACCCUAGUGGCAGCUACUUUGUAUGUUCAUUUUCAAACAAGUCUAUGUGUGUGUAUGAUUUUACGACUGGAGAGAUGAUUGCCCAAGCUGUAGGACAUGGAGAAGUUGUGACAGGUGUCAUCUUUUUACCAGAUUGCAAGCAUAUAGUUUCUGUAGGUGGUGAUGGUUGUAUUUUCGUGUGGAAACUUCCCUCUCGCUUGGCUUCCAGGAUGUUACAGAAAGUGAAGGAAAAAUCUCUUUCAUUGUCCCCAAGAACCAUAUGCAUGCCAGCGGCUUUUAAUCAAACCAUAAAUGAUGGAGAGGGAAACAAGUCAUGCAGAAUUGAUUUGAAGGAUUCAUUGCUAGCUGAGAGGUCAAGCCAACUUAAACAAAGAGCGAAUUAUCAUGGAUGGGAUUCCCAAGAGACCUAUGCAUUUAAAUUAAGCAUUUCCAGACUUCCAAAAUGGGCACAAGACAAAGUAACAAGGUCUGAUUUUGUCCAGAGAAAUCUUGAGUUCACUUCACCUCAGCAAAUGCAGGAAGAACCAAAAAUUUCAUCUCGUUUGAUUAGCAGUGGUGGGGAUCAUGGUUCAUUGUGCCAUGAACAUCAAAAUCCAUCUGGUCCUUGGUCAGGAGGCAACAACUUGUGCCUCAGUAGCUUACACAGUUCUUCCAAUGUUACUAAAAGUGAAAGUUCUGCAUCACCAGAUGAAAUAGUUAGCGGCUCUGCAGUGGAAGAUCAUUGGUUCACUGUCUACAAUGUACGUUUGGAUCUACUGAAUUCCCCAGAGGUUCAAAAUCUUAAAGACAUACAGAUGCCAGUGUCAUCGCCAAAGCUAGUGCAAGGCCUAGCUGAGAUGCCAAGUGAGAGUGAAAAAUCUUUAGGUCACAGGGUCCAUUUCAUAGAUGCAGAGCCAAGCGCCAUGGAUGUUGCUACCUUCCGUAUUAAGUCUGAGGGCAGUGAUCUGUUCAAGGAGCAUUUUGGCAACCUGUCUGCAAUACUCAAGGUUGAGAAAAGGCAAUCAUCUACUAGGAGAAGAUACUCUUCACAAUAUUUUGUACGGCGGGAUUAUUUAGUGGGUUGCAAAAGACUGUUUAACCCAUCUAGUCAAAAGAACGAAUCAGCCACUAAUGUGAGUUUGGAGGAAGUGGCAGGCUCUAUUGAUCAGGGCAUAAACUCAACAAAAUGCUCGCUUACACAAAGUUAUGCUCUUUCUUAUGAUGAAAAGGAUGAAGAAGAUUCAUCAACCAUUGAUGAAGAAAGUGAAGUAGGGGAGAAAAUCAGAGCAUGUAGAGAAGCAUUACUAAGCCUGGACAUUGCUGCCGAGAAUGUUUUCCAGUUAUUUACGAAAUUAGGAACAGAAUAUCCCAUGGAAGAGGGUUCAAGUGGAUGUAGAGCUCAAUUAUACGAUGAAGCAACUGAGCUACUUCCAAAAAUUGCUGAAAAAAUCAAUGCAGUAGCCAAAGGAUUACAAAAGAACACUACUGGCAACUUUGGUUCUUCCGCAAGUAAUAUUGAAGGAGAUUCAACAUUUGGACCUAUGUUAGGAACACUGGCUGAGAGCUUAUCGCAAAGAGUCGUCGAAAUAGUAAAACAGAAUCUCAGCUCUGUUUAACUCGUUUAAUUCUACGAGAUUAAUCAUGUAUAGUGAAACGAUUUUCUUGUUUCAAUUUAUUAAGAUUUUAUCUUUCAACAGCAUUAAA